GCGGCGCAUGGGGCGCGGGCGAGGACCGGUCCUGCGGCGCCUCGGCCUCAUGGCGGCCCCGGGGCCCAUCCCGGUCCCGUCCGGGGGGCGGAAGCGGCGCGGGGAGCGUCCGGCGGCGGCGGCGGCGGCGGCGGCCCCCAAGAGGCGGCGGGCCGGGGUGAGCUUCGGGCCGGAGCACCUGGCCGAGACCAGCUGCUACGUGGAGGGCGGCCUGCGCAAGGUGCGGCCUUACUUCUUCGACUUCCAGACCUACUGCAAGGGCCGCUGGGUGGGCCGCAGCCUGCUGCACGUCUUCCAGACCGAGUUCCGCGCCCAGACGCCCGCCUACUACCAGGCCGCCGCCCGCGCCGGACGCCUGCGCCUCAACGGCCAGCCCGUGCGGGACCUCAGCGUCCUGCUCAAGGACAACGACUUCCUGCAGAACACGGUGCACCGGCACGAGCCCCCCGUGACGGCCGAGCCCAUCCGCGUCCUGGCCGAGGACGAGGAGGUGGUGGUGGUGGACAAGCCCUCGUCCAUGCCGGUCCACCCCUGCGGCCGCUUCCGCCACAACACGGUCAUCUUCAUCCUGGGCCAGGAGCACCAGCUCACGGAGCUGCACCCGUUGCACCGGCUUGACCGGCUGACCUCCGGGGUGCUCAUGUUCGCCAAGACGGCUGCCGUCUCCGAGCGCAUCCACGAGCAAGUGCGGGAGCGGCAGCUGGAGAAGGAGUACGUGUGCCGGGUGGAGGGUGAAUUCCCCGAGGGAGAGCUGACGUGCCAGGAGCCCAUCCUGGUGGUGUCCUACAAGGUGGGCGUGUGCCGGGUAGAUCCGCGGGGCAAGCCGUGCUGCACCGCCUUCCGGAGACUCAGCUGCAACGGGCGGUCCAGCGUGGUGCUCUGCCGGCCCUUGACGGGCCGCACCCACCAGAUCCGUGUCCACCUCCAGUACCUGGGGCACCCCAUCCUCAACGACCCCAUCUACAACACGGCCGCCUGGGGGCCCGCCCGCGGCCGGGGCGGGCACGUGCCCAAGACGGACGAGGAGCUGCUGCGGGACCUGGUGGCGGAGCACCGGGCCCGGCAGAGCCUGGUCGGGCUGGGCCCGGACGACGACGACGACGAACUGGGCCCCGGGGCGCCCUCGGUCUUGCCGGGAGACCACCGGCCGCCGUCCCCCACCCCGGAUGUGAAUGAGGACGCAGGGGAGGGGGACGUGGACCCCUUGUGCGAGGAGUGCCGGUUGGCACGGCCCGACCCCUCGCCCCAGGAGCUGGUGAUGUACCUGCAUGCCAGGUGCUACAAGGGGCCGGGCUUCGAGUACUGCUCCCCUCUGCCAGCCUGGGCCCAGGAUGACUGGCAAGAGGACUCAGGGACGCCGGGGUCCGGCUCGGCGUCGUCAGGUGACCCCUCACCCCCCGCUGGCCCGGCUGGGGACAGGGGAGAGGAGCCGGGGCCGGACACCCCCUGACUGCGGCCACCUCCUCCCCCCUCCCCCAAGCUUGCAAAUACACCUCUUUGCCAGCCA